AUGGGCCAGCAAUAUAGUGUUGAGACUCUUACAGCUUCAGAUGAAAGUGAUGGUGGGAAGUACUGGUCCAGUUUUGAGCCAUAUCCAAGCAAAGUGGGUGGACGGAAAUUAGCCUAUCUUGGUCUGCUGAACGGAGGUGGGCCUAAAGCUGGUGAGAAAUGUAUUGUCAAGGUAAUUAAAAAUGGAAUUGGUACUUAUGCGGACUGGAACUGUGAUCUCAAAAAAGCUCGGACAUCACGAGAUAUGGCCAAAACUUUCGGCAUAGAAAUGAAAGAUCGCGAGAUCGAUGUGCAUUUUAACUUCGUUAUGCCUAUUUUAGCCGAGAUAGAUGAAGUUUCAAUGUUCACAUGCAUGAACGUUGUCAUGCGAAAACCUAAGAAAAAGUUUCAUGAGUUCGAACUGGUAUCAAUAGAGCCAUAUUUGGACGGAAAAUUUGAACUUUUUGAAUUUGGUUCGUCGAGUCAUUAUAAUGCCGUCAUUGCGCAUGCGUUUUCACAUUACACAUGGUUGAAGUCACAUGGUGAGUUUGUGAUAACUGGACUUAAAGGAGUACAACAGUUAAACAAAUACAACCUGACAAUUCCCACGAUUCAUUCUCGCUCCCAGAAGUUUGUGCAUACUGACAAAGGAUAUAAAGGAAUUGAGGAUUUCUUUUCUACACACCGAUGCAAUGAUUUAUGUCGAGUAUGGCCAAGGCCUGACAAUGUGUUACAGCGACCAAAACUCAGCAACAGUGAAAUAGAUAUGAUGUCACUCCAGUUACAAAAUAUGGCAGAUAUACAACCGAAGGGUGCAGCACCCGCGGCUAUGCGCAUGUCUGUGAGUGAUAUGUACCUGAUGCGAAACUAUCCACUUAGAACCGGAAGUCAACAAGACGGUCAUUUCUGCGCAUGUUCUUAUUUUGGAUUACAGUGUUCACAUAAAAAUCACCCUGUAUCAAUGGUUAUGUGUACCACUAAUACGGCAAUGGAAAAUGAUGUGUUUGUAUGA